AUGAACACCGUUGAUAAUCAAAAACUAUUUACUGGUAUUUGCAUAAUCGUCGAAGGUGCUGAUGGUUCAUCGUAUGAAUAUUCCAGCGCAUCAAAUCCGUCGCAUAAAAUUACAUUGACACUUGAUAAUAAUCAUUUCAAUGUUACUGCAUCUGGAAGCAGCGAACCAUCAAAUAAUAAUUGUCUUUAUGAGUCUCUUAUUAGUCAAAUUCCGAGAUUGAGAACAGUAUUCUCCAAUGGUACAGCUUUUCGAGAACAUUUAUCGGACUAUAUUGAAUAUGAUGAAAAUCUUCAGUAUACAAUUUCGCAAGGAUGGCAUAAAUUUGCAAUUAAGAAAGGAAGUUAUGGUGGUGCAAUCAAGGAAAACAAUUACAAUCCAGAUCUUCUUUAUGAUCGGCAUGUAGCUCACAUUCCAUAUGGAGUGACAAACAUUUACAAACAUAAUCCACAUUUAUCAGAAGAGACUCACCAACAAAUUCAACAAUACUUAGAUAAAAUAGACAAUCUUGCUACAGGUGAUUUACAAGGCGAUGAUGCAAUUAAAGAAAUAAAUGCAGUAACCGAAAGAUUUAAUAACUGGUUGCGUAUUACAUUGGGCAAACAUGAAUCUGAAUUAAGACGAAAAUUGAACAAAACAGUUGCUACAUUUCGUGAACGUGUUGUUCAGACGGUGCAUAAGAAUUAUGAAACGACAUUAAAAGAGUUUCGAUCACAAGCUGAAUGUGCUGAUCGACAUUCAACAAAUCCUCAUGCCGUGCAUGUUGCCGAUCGAAUAAACUUUACACAAGACGAUAUCCAAUUAGAACAGUUAGUAGAUAAAUCUACUAAACCGCGAAAUGAUCCAAAUCUUAUCGCCAGUGUUAUACAUGCACAACUAAAUAAAGGAUUACUAGAAGCUGAUAGACGAUACAAUACGGUAGGUGUAGGCAUCGACAACGAAGCGGUAUAUGUGGCACUGAACCAUGUGGAAACUGUGAAUGGCCAACAAGAUUAUGGAAUAAGCCAACUUCGAUGUAACGAAAGAUGUCAAUUUGUUGGC